AUGCUUAGGGAUGGAGGAAUUUGGGAUGAUGGCAGCCACCGUAUUGGGGAUUAUUGAGAGAGCUCUGAUUUGUGGUGUGAUGGUUUUCGUAAAUAGUUUUGGGAUAGAGGUACGGAGGGUACUCGUACGUGUGAGAGAUGAACGAAACAUUGGAAUUUGAAAGAGAUAAAGGGAAUUUAUGUUUUAAAACGGGAUGGCAAUUGGUUUUGAGAGAGAAGAGAUAAAACGAAUACAAAUCCCAGCUGAAAGACGACUAGAUGUAGAUGAUAUCAUUACUAACUCCACCUACAUCGAGAAUGUGCUCUGUCAUCACUCGGUAAGGGGGAGGCGACAAAUGCAGGUACAGUACGCAGAGGGAGAUCAUCAUUUGAAUGAACCAGGGUUCGAAUCUUUUCCAUUGGCAGCAUUAAUGCCGAAUUUUGAAGUGUGAUUGUGGUCUGAUGUCACUUCUUUUGCAACUAAAUAUUGACAUUGGGCUCGGAGAAUCAUCGGGGAAUCUUUCCCCAGAUUUCGGAAUCGGAUCGGGGCGGAUUAACUCCUCCGGGGCUGUAUCCAAGGUGGAAAACAUUCGAUAUAAAGCUACGACGGCAAUCAACCUUCCAUGAUGAACAGCAUUCCACGAAUAUGGUCGCGAUUGGCUUCCAAGGGGCCGGCUUCUGCUUGGGUUUGCUCAUCAUGCGCCAAUGUGAAAGCAACAACCGCCAAACACGCCACGCCCUUCUUCAAGUCUUCCAUGCGAACGAUAUCCAAUAGCUCGAAGUCAGGAAACAAUGCCGCCCCGACCAUGGAGCAGCUGCGGGCGCCUUUCAAAUCGAAGAAUACCUCAACUCUCUACUAUACCCUCAGCAUAAUCUUAGGAACAGUGGCGUUCUCGUACGGCUCAGUGCCAAUGUACAAAAUGGUACGUUUGGAACCCCACCCACCCCACCUCAUUUGUUGUCAUAUGUUCCUAACACAUAUCAGAUCUGCCAAACAACCGGCUGGGGAGGACAACCUAUAAAGGCGCCUGGGCAUGGAGGAACUUUAGUGGAAGGACAAGACCCCUCAGAACGAUUGAAACCCGUCACCACCGCAAAGCGAAUCCGCAUAACCUUCAACGGAUCCGUCUCGGACGUGCUCCCAUGGAAAUUCGUGCCGCAACAACGAGAAGUACGAGUCCUACCUGGGGAAACUGCCUUGGCAUUCUAUACCGCGACCAACAAGUCGAAUGAGGAUAUUAUCGGGGUGGCGACGUAUAGUGUGACUCCGGCGCAGGUGUCGCCUUACUUUGCGAAGAUCCAGUGCUUUUGUUUUGAGGAGCAGAGAUUGAAUGCCAAUGAGACGGUGGAUAUGCCGGUUUUCUUUUAUAUUGAUCCGGAUUUUGUGAAUGACCCUAGUAUGAAGGGGAUUGAGCAGGUUACUUUGAGUUAUACCUUUUUUAGUGAGUGGGGUUGUAUCUUGAGAAAUGAUGGAGUUUUGCUAAUGAACAAUAGAAGCGAGAUAUGAUAAGAAUGGCCAUUUGACGCCUGUAGCUUGAUUGUGGUUGUAUGAUAUUUGGGAUAGCCGUGUAUAGUUGUACAGUACUUGCAUGCAUUUUGGGG